AUGACGGCCAUAGGCCAUGCCUUAAGCUCAGAAGAUGAGUUGACUGUCGCUUAUAAACAAAUUAACGGUUUCACGGUGUCGGGGAUCUUGGCUUACAUGAAUGCUUUCACCGACGAUUAA